GCUGCGUCCCCCCAGCUGCCCUGGAGCUGCGGAGCUCGGGAGCGCAGCGUCCCGCGGGCCCGGCCACAGACUGAGGGAGUAAGAGCGGUCCUCGGCUGCAUCCUGCCCCGCAUCCUUCCCCUGCCGGCCGCUCCGGGACUGAGUCUCCCUGCGCCGCUUGGAGGGGGGCGGCGGGAGGGGAGCCCCCCCCCGGUGGCUUUGCUCCCUCUCCCCGGGGGCGGGCGGGGAGAACAACGGAACGGGCUGCCGAGGUGCUGGGAGCCCGGAGCAGGCUGGGGCUGAGCUUGGAGCGGCAACCCCCUGCCUCCGGGCAAGCGCCUCCCUGUCCUAGCGCCGGGGUCGCUGCCCUGCUCGAAGCUGCUCGGUGGGUUCGCGGGAGGGAAAUGGGCUCAGGCUCUCGCCGAGGCCUCCGCUGAAGCUGCUUUGUCUAGGCGUCCCCUAGCAGUGCGUGGAGCGGCAGGGCCCCUCCUAAGGUUUUGUGGGCAACCUGGGCCAGGGGCAGGCAAACUUUUUGGCCUGAGGGCCACAUCGGGUUUCCAGAAUUGCAUGGAGGGCCGGUUAGGGGAGGCUGUGUCUCUCCAAACAGUCAUGCGUGGCCCAGCCCCUGCCUCCUAUCCGGCUCACCCCCCCCCCCCCCGCUUCUUGCUCCCUGACGGCCCCCCUGGGACUCCUGCCCCAUCCACCACCCCUUGUCCCCUGACCACCCCCAGACCUCCCACCUCUGACUGCCUCUUGCUGCCCCAUCCAGCCCCUUCUCUCAUUCCUGACUUGCCCCCCGGGACCCCUGCCCCAUCCAAUCACCCCUUCUCCCUGUUCCCUGAGCACCCCUGAAACCCCUGCCCCUUACUGCCCCCUGCCACCCCAUCCGCCCCCCUCUUCUUCCUGACUGCCCUGAGACCCCUGCCCCUUCCAAACCCCCCCCCCCCCGCCCCUUUACCACUUUGCCUGGAGCAUGGGUGGCUGGCGGCGCUACAGACAUGCCACCCAGAGCACUGGGUCAGGCUGCGGCUCUGCAGCUGUGCUGCCUGUCAGCCCAGAGCAUUGUGUCCGCGGUGUGGUGUGCUGAGGCUGCGGGGGAAGGGGGACAGCAGGGGAGGGGCACAGGGUGAGCCUCUUGGGCCAGGAGCUCAGGGGCCGGGCAGGAGGGUCCCGCAGGCCGGAUGUGGCCCAUGGGCCGUAGUUUGCCCACCUCUGGCCUGGGCACAUCAGCGCUGGGAUCCUGCAGCGUGCAGAGCGCAGUUUGACUGCUGCACCCGUCUGCAGCCCCAGUGCAGUCUGCCGGGCUCUGAAGGGCUUCAGCAGGCUGCUUGUGUACAGCAAAGUGCUGCACCCCUAUUCAGUUCCCUCUUGGCUUGCUCCUACUUGCCUCUAACUUCCCCAUCCUUGAGCUCUCUAAACUCUUUUCCAGUCCCCACUAAUCUGACAAGCAUUUAAAAUGGAUGUUGCUACUUCCUCUAAGAACUAGGUCAUUGAGCCCUUUAAGGGACACAACUAACAUGCUAAAAAGAAAAGGAGUACUUGUGGCACCUUAGAGACUAACAAAUUUAUUAGAGCAUAAGCUUUUGUGAGCUACAGCUCACUUCAUUGGAUGCAUACAGUGGAAAAUAUAGUGGGGAGACUUUAUAUACACAGAGACCAUGAAACAAUGGGUGUUGCCAUACAGACUGUAACAAGAGUGAUUGGGAAAGAUUUUAAAUCGAGAUUAAAAUGGAUAUCAGAGGUGCUGUGGAUGCUGCUGUCCCAACAAACAUAAUUGCUGCCAAAGCUGCUGAAGUUCGGGCAAACAAAGUCAACUGGCAGUCAUAUCUCCAAGGACAGAUGAUUUCAGGUGAAGACUGUGAAUUUAUUCAAAGAUUUGAGCAGAAGAGGAACCCAGAAGAAAAACAAGAAUUGCUGCAAGCUGAAGGCAGUCAGUGUGCUAAAACAUUCAUAAACUUGAUGACUCAUAUCUCGAAGGAGCAGACGGUUCAGUACAUCCUAACUAUGAUUGAUGAUAUGCUGCAAGAAAAGCAUCAGCGUGUUAGUAUUUUCUUUGACUAUGCAAAACGUGGUAAGAACACUGCAUGGUCCUACUUUCUGCCUAUGUUGAACCGCCAAGAUCUCUUCACUGUGCACAUGGCAGCAAGAAUUAUUGCCAAAUUGGCCGCCUGGGGAAAAGAGCUGAUGGAAGGCAGUGAUCUGAAUUAUUACUUCAACUGGAUUAAAACUCAACUUAGUUCACAGAAACUUCGUGGUACCAUGGGUGCUAUUGAAACAGGAACAGUCUCAACCAGUGAUAGUUCCCAAUAUGUACAGUGUGUGGCUGGGUGCCUGCAGCUGAUGCUCAGGGUCAAUGAAUAUCGUUUUGCAUGGGUAGAAGCAGAUGGGGUAAACUGUAUCAUGGGAGUCCUGAGUAACAAAUGUGGCUUCCAGCUCCAGUAUCAGAUGAUUUUCUCCGUAUGGCUGCUGGCAUUCAGUCCUCAAAUGUGUGAAUAUCUGCGUCGAUAUAAUAUUGUUCCAGUUCUGUCUGACAUUCUCCAAGAAUCUGUCAAAGAGAAAGUAACUAGAAUAAUCCUUGCAGCAUUUCGGAAUCUUUUAGAAAAAUCUACUGAAAGAGAAACUCGCCAAGAAUAUGCUCUCGCUAUGAUCCAAUGCAAAAUUCUGAAGCAACUAGAGAACUUGGAUCAGCAGAAAUAUGAUGAUGAAGACAUAAGUGAGGAUAUUAAGUUUCUACUGGAAAAACUUGGCGAGAGUGUCCAGGAUCUCAGUUCAUUUGAUGAGUACAGUUCUGAGCUCAAGUCAGGAAGAUUGGAAUGGAGUCCUGUACACAAAUCUGAGAAAUUUUGGCGAGAGAAUGCUGUGAGAUUAAAUGAAAAGAAUUACGAGCUAUUGAAAAUCCUGACUAAGCUUCUGGAGGUUUCUGAUGACCCGCAAGUCUUAGCUGUAGCUGCUCAUGAUGUGGGAGAAUAUGUACGACACUAUCCUCGAGGGAAGCGAGUGAUUGAGCAGCUUGGUGGUAAACAGCUAGUAAUGAACCACAUGCAUCACGAAGACCAGCAAGUUCGCUAUAAUGCCCUACUGGCUGUACAGAAGCUGAUGGUUCACAACUGGGAAUAUCUUGGGAAGCAGUUACAGUCAGAACAACCUCCAACAGUCACGGCACGAAGUUAAACAUUUCAAACUGUAUGUUGCAACUCUUCUUUCCUGGGUACAGCUGGAGUAUAUAUAUCUUAAAUUGAUAAUAAGCAUACAUUCUUGGUUGGAAUAUUUGUCUCCUGCUAAUGUGUUGAUUUCUUUCCUGUUUUCCUCUGGUGCUGUCACCUAGUAAAAGUUAGUGUUUGUUCAGCUACUUCUGAUGAAUCUGCCAGUUGACAUCCUGCUAUAUUAUGAACGCUUCUGAAGAAACAUGGCUGAUAUAUACUGCCUUUGUUUUAUGUAUUUAUUGUUGUCUCAUAACAAGAACCUUAUUAAAGGAUAUUCAUUCCAGGACACUA